AUGGCAACUAACGACGUCCUACUCCCCCCAGCAGAACAGAGUGGUGGAACGCCAAAAUCAGACCAUUGUCGGGACAGCAAGGUCUUUGAUGAUGACGGCCGGGAUGCCUGGGAUAGUAAGGUCAAUCGGUCACCAACCCGACGCCUUUACGGGAAGACGUCAUAUGAGGCCUGGUACAACAAAAAGCUAGCGGUACAUCAUUUUCGAGUGUUCGACUGCAUCGCAUACAUGAAGGUAGUGCAUCCCCACCUCGCCAAGCUCGACCCUAGGGGCCUGAAGGUCGUCUUCAUCGGCUAUGAACCCAGGAGCAAGAAUGAUGUGAUCGAGGUAGACCAGAACCCAAAUCAAUUCACGGUAGAGUACCUCAUCACCGAGCCAAGAGAAGGAGGAGCGCAGCAUCGAGAACUGUCACCAACAUCAGCAGCUGUAACUCCUAAACCAGUGGAGUUUGCAACACCACGGACUGCGGAUUCGACGCUGGAUGUCGAUCACGAUGAUGAUCUGGUGGCCAGGUAUCGAAGGAUGGACGACCUAGUGGGAGGAGGUGAACCACCUGGACUGGCGACGCGCGAGCUCGAAGAAGUGACCGAACUACAUGCUAUCAGCACAGAUGAACCGAACACCUUCGCCAAAGCAGAAAGGAACCCAUGCUGUUUGAAGGUCCACCACAUGGACGUGAAGUCCGCUUUCCUUAACGGAGAGCUGAAGGAGACCAUCGACGUCCAACAACCACCUGGCUUCCUGGACAACGACAAUCCUGGUAAGAACCCAAAUCAAUUCACGGUAGAGUACCUCAUCACCGAGCCAAGAGAAGGAGGAGCGCAGCAUCGAGAACUGUCACCAACAUCAGCAGCUGUAACUCCUAAACCAGUGGAGUUUGCAACACCACGGACUGCGGAUUCGACGCUGGAUGUCGAUCACGAUGAUGAUCUGGUGGCCAGGUAUCGGAGGAUGGACGACCUAGUGGGAGGAGGUGAACCACCUGGACUAGCGACGCGCGAGCUCGAAGAAGUGACCGAACUGCAUGCUAUCGCGCAAAUGAACCGAACACCUUCGCCAAAGCAGAAAGGAACCCAUGCUCGCAUCGAAAAGGGAGAAGUUGUGAAGCACAAGGCCCAUCUGGUGGCGAAGGGCUACAUCCCGAAGCAAGGAGUGGACUUCGAAGAGGUAUUUGCGCUGGUGACAAGGUUAGAAUUUGUCCGCCUUCUCCUGGUAAUCGCGACACAUUGCUCUUGGGAGGUCCACCACAUGGACGUGAAGUCCUUUUUCCUUAACGGAGAGCUGAAGGAGACCAUCGACGUCCAACAACCACCUGGCUUCCUGGACAAUGACAACCCGAGUAAGGUAUUGCGCCUACACAAGGCACUCUAUGGGCUUCGGCAAGCACCACGAGCUUGGAACGCGAAGCUCGAUAGUAUCCUACUGUCAGUGAAGUUCAAGUGUUGUGCCUCUGAGCAUGGCAUGUACACGCACGACCACGAUGAGCAGCGACUGAUUUUGGGAGUGUACGUCGACGACCUCAUAAUAACUGGAGGCGACAUGGAAGUCCUUGGAAGGUUCAAGAGGGAGAUGUCAAAGAACUUCAAGAUGAGCGAUCUCGGCAUACUCAACUACUACCUCGGCAUCAAAGUGCAACAGAGUACUACCGGCAUCACCAUCUGCCAAAAUGCGUACGCGAAGAAGCUGCUGGACACAACUGGACUUGCAGACAGUAACCCUACAAGGAUGCCGAUGGAGGCUCGGCUCCAACUAAGGAAGGCUAGCACUACGACGACAGUCGACGCCACCAAUUACCACAACAUUGUCGGGAGCCUGCACUAUCUGGUAAACACACGCCCUGACCUUACUUACUCAGUUGGAUAUGUGAGUAGAUUUAUGGAAGCACCUCGGAAGGAGCAUCUUGUGGCUGCCAAGUGCAUCCUGCGUUAUGUGGCUGGGGUGUGA